CAGCGUGCAGAGUUGUGUUUGUUCUUUGGGAAGAGGACAAACAGCUUGUGACAGGCAGGAAUCCAAAUAGGGCUCCAGUGGUGAGGCAGGGAGAGGCAGGACAGGACAGACUAGACAAGCUGCUAAAAGCAGCUUCUAAACUGACUUCUAGUCCUUGGCAAAACCACCCCUGCCAUUUGAGAGGGAAACUUAAAUCAUGAAGCUAAUUGCUAUCCUGUUCCUGUGCUCCAGGCUGCUACCAAGUUUAACACAGGAAGGAGUCUCCCAGAAAAUCGACUGCAAUGAUGAAGACUUAUUUCAGGCGGUGGACGCGGCUCUGAAGAAGUAUAACUCGAGGAACCAAAGCGGCAACCAGUUCGUGUUGUACCGAGUGACUGAGGGCACUAAAAUAGUUGGCUCUGAGAUAUUUUAUUCCUUCAAAUAUCAAAUCAAGGAGGGCAACUGUUCUGUCCAAAGUGGCCUCACCUGGCAGGACUGCGACUUCAAAGAUGCUGAGGAGGCGGGCACUGGAGAAUGUACAGCAACUGUGGGGAAGAGGGGAACUAAGAAAUUCUCCGUAGCUACCCAGACAUGCAAGAUUACUCCAGGGAAUGGCCCCGUGGUGAAAGCCGAGUACACCUGCGUGGGUUGUGUACACCCCAUAUCGACUGAUAACCCUGAACUGCAACCUAUUCUAAAACACGCCAUGGAACACUUCAACAACAACACCGGUCAUUCCCACCUCUUUGCUCUUGAAGAAGUAAAAACAGCCCAGAGACAGGUGGUGGCAGGACUGAACUUUGAAGUCACCUACACUAUUGUGCAAACCAACUGUUCAAAAAAGCAUUUUCCACUCUUAACUCCAGAGUGCAAAUCCCUUCAGGAUGGUGAUGCCGGUGAAUGCCUACAUAGUGCCUUUGUGGAUAUCAAGCAAAGAAUUGCUGACUUCUCCCAGAAAUGUGACCUUUAUCCAAGAGAGGAUUUGGUAAAACCACUUCCUGAGAAUUGCCCUGGAUGUCCCCAGAACAUUCCUAUAGACAGCCCGGAGCUGACGGAGGCACUUGGUCAUGCCAUCACAAAGCUCAACACAGACAACAGCCAUCCUUUCUACUUCAAGAUUGACACUGUGAAGAAGGCGACAUCACAGGUGGUAGGUGGAAUGAAAUAUUUCAUUGAGUUCAUAGCCAGAGAAACCGCAUGUUCCAAGGAGAGCAACACAGAACUGACAGCAAAUUGUGAGGUCAAGCCCGUUGGCCAAAGUCUCAACUGCAAUGCUAACGUGUACAUGAGACCUUGGGAGAACAAAGUCGAACCGACCGUCAACUGCCGAGCAUUAGAAAUGAUUACAAUGAUGAGAAGGCCUCCAGGCUUUUCACCUUUCCGGUCAGUCCAAGUACAAGAAACAAAAGAAGGAACAACUGUAAGUCCACCCUAUACUGCCGUGGUACAAGAAGAGCAGGAUCCAGAAAACGAACGAAGACCUGCUCAUGGGCAUGACCAAGGCCAUUGGCCCCCAAAGAGGCAUGGCCUUGGCCAUGGACACCAGAAACAACAUGGCCUUGGCCAUGGACAUCAGUUUAGAUUAGAAGAUGGCUCUGACCACGGACAUCCUGUGGAACAUGGGCAUGGGCAUGGGCAUGGGUAUGGUCACGGUCGUGGUCAUGGUCAUGGUAAACACAAAAACAAGGGAAAGCACACUGACCAGAGAAUAGAACAUUUGGCAAGCUCUUCUGAAGAAGACAGCACUAUACCCUUUACCACCCCUAGUCCUCCUCAAAUUCCACCAAGUGUAAUGGUCACCCCUUCUGGCUUCCAGGACUCAGAUUUAAUUGAUAGUGUGGUAACUACCACACUACCAUAUGGCACCGAGAUCGAAGAUGAUUUGAUCCCUGAUAUUCAUGUACAACCAGAUAGCCUUUCAUUUAAGCUGAUAUCUGACUUCCCAGAAGCAACGUCCCACAAAUGUCCUGGACACCCAUGGCAGCCAGCUCAUAGUAGAAAGGAUCCAGGCACAGAAAUGGGAGACUAUUCUGAUUUUGAUCUUGUUGACGCUCUUUCUUAACUUACACAGCCUGCUAGGUCAGAGAGGCAGAGAAAGCACCCAGCUGACCUUCCUCCUCCACCAUCAUCCCAGAGGCCUCUCCUUGCCUCAAAUAAGCCUCCUCCAACUCAGUGCUCCUCCCCUCUACUUCCUCUAUCCAUCAUCCUGAGUCCCUAUUACUUUCUGUUUUUUUCCUAAUAAUCUUACGUUCACUUCCUGUCAACUGGUUGCUUGCUCUGCCUCUUGACCUUUGGUUGACUUUAUUUAAUCUGUUUACAAUAUUCAAACAGAAAGAUCUUGGAUUAAAGGGUGGGUCCUAUGGUUGAGUCACACCAAAACUAGAAAUGGGUUUUUCCAGUAAGUAAUGAAAUCUCAGGAUUCACAAUGUUAUCAAAUAUGUUGCAAAAAUAUGGCUUUUUGUACCCACUGGUGAGUUCAUCAGGCUCCACUGGGCAGUUCCAUAACCAUGGUCACUGCCACACUCUUUGGUCACUAAGCAAACAAACAAACAAAAAACCUGAACUUGAGAAAUGGAUCUGAGGAGGGGGGCACUGACAAGUAUGGGAGGGAAAACAGAGUGGGGGAUACGAAUAACAGAAAUAUAUGUGUAUGUAUGUAUAUGUGUGUGAAAGUUUCAACAGACAAUACAUAUGUGUACAUAUAUAA